CUUUGCUUCUCCGUAGGCGUCCGGUUUUGUAGCUUCCCGGAGUCCUCCGCGGUGUUCCCACGCCCGACUCUCCCGGGAUUUGCCGGGCUUGAAGCUGCUUUCGCGUCAGUGAGCGACUGAGGCGAUGGCGGCGCAGAAGAUAAACGAGGGGCUGGAGCACCUGGCCAAGGCAGAGAAGUACCUGAAAACUGGUUUUUUAAAAUGGAAGCCAGACUAUGACAGCGCCGCUUCUGAAUAUGGGAAAGCAGCUGUUGCUUUUAAAAAUGCCAAACAGUUUGAGCAAGCAAAAGAUGCCUGCCUGCGGGAAGCUGUUGCCCAUGAAAAUAAUAGGGCCCUUUUUCAUGCUGCCAAAGCUUAUGAACAAGCUGGCAUGAUGUUGAAGGAGAUGCAAAAACUGCCUGAGGCUGUUCAGUUGAUUGAGAAGGCUAGCAUGAUGUACCUGGAGAAUGGCACACCUGACACAGCAGCCAUGGCCUUGGAACGUGCUGGGAAGCUUAUAGAAAACGUGGAUCCAGAAAAGGCCGUGCAGUUAUACCAACAGACAGCUAAUGUGUUUGAGAAUGAGGAACGCCUCCGGCAGGCAGUUGAGCUACUAGGAAAAGCCUCAAGACUGCUUGUACGAGGACGCAGGUUUGAUGAGGCUGCACUGUCCAUUCAGAAAGAAAAAAAUAUUUAUAAGGAAAUUGAGAAUUAUCCAACUUGUUAUAAGAAAACAAUUGCUCAAGUCUUAGUUCAUCUACACAGAAAUGAUUAUGUGGCUGCAGAAAGGUGUGUCAGGGAGAGCUACAGCAUACCAGGGUUUAAUGGCAGUGAAGACUGUGCUGCACUUGAACAGCUCCUUGAAGGGUAUGACCAGCAAGACCAAGACCAAGUGUCAGAUGUCUGCAACUCGCCCCUUUUCAAAUACAUGGACAAUGAUUAUGCUAAGCUGGGCCUAAGCUUGGUGGUCCCAGGAGGGGGAAUCAAGAAGAAGUCACCAGCUACACCCCAGGCCAAGCCUGAUGGCACCACCAGUACAGCUGCUGAGGAGGAGGAAGACGAGUAUUCAGGAGGCCUGUGCUAGUACUCUGCUUACAGAGAGCUAAGAAGAGACAAGGAAAACCCUGGCAUGCCACUUUCAUGGAAUUGGGACUCAUUUUGGGGUAUCUCCUCCACUGAGGUUAUGGUGUUGAAUGCUAAUGUAUGGAAGUCUUUGACUUCCACCAUUUCCCCAAAUCAGCCAUUACAUCUUAUACCACCAUUUCCCCCUUUCUAUUCUAAGAGGAGAAAUUAGCAGAAAAUACACUGUCACAUUUUAAUAGUUGAUUAAAAAACUUACAGGCCUAAUUCUGAACAAAUUAUAUGCUAAACGAAGCAGGCAGUAGGCAUAGUUAUUCUCUCUUAGGUUCUUGGACUUUAUUGUUAAGAUAAUUUUCACUGCAUUUUAUUUAAGAUUACUGCUGCUACAAGUGACUGCUUGGUAAAAAAUAAUUCUUUAAAAAACUUGUCUAGUUCUCUGCACCGUUUUUCCAGUUGUCAUAUGGUACAGUGUCCUAGCUGAGGCUCUCAGGAGCAUCAGUAAGGCUGAAAAGAGGGGCAGAUGCCAGGUCCUUGUCAGACUGCACUCCACAGCCAUCAUCCAGUUUCUAAAACUCUGGUGAUGCUGCGUGGUUACACCUUACACAGGGACUUUGGAAUCAUUGAUCACAGCUGGGAAAAUUGUUGUCAGUCUCAUAGUCAGGUUAAAUGAGUGUGGAGUGUUGGCCCCAGAUAUGAUAUACAACUUAAAGACCUAAGAAAAUUGCAGAAUAAUCUGCUCCUAGUCUGUCAGAUUGUUCCAUUCAUUGUACUGACAGUCUCAGCCUGUAUCAUGGCUGUGAAGUAGGGUGAAAAUUCAGGAAGGAAAACCCUUGGAUUCUUUUUCUAGGAUCAUAAAACAUGUAUAAAUAAAACGCUUCAGUGGAGAGGGAACUUGUCUAGUUUUGAAAAAGAAAUUUAUCUACCAUGAUAUUAGGUACAUUUAAUUAUUGACUCUUUUAAGAGAUGAGAUUGAAACAGAAGCUGUUUUGAACUUUAUAUUAUUUAGCCCCCCAAAAGAUGCAUUUAAAUUUUAAUGUGUGACUUUACAAAUGUUGAGAGUAGAGUAUGAUAAUGGUUCUAUAAAUGCCUUCAGUCCUCUCUGAAGUACUGGCAUUUCUUCAGUCUUAAAUAGUGACUGUCCAAACCUGCUUGGCUCAUGACCAAAGCGGGAGCUGCUUGAAGCCAGUUCCAUGAGUUAGAUUGACAGGUGGCCUUCCUGCCAGGCUGGCUCCUAUCUAACUUAUCAGGAUGGUGGCAUACUACCAAAACUAGCUGAAAGGGAAGAAUUGGUUUUGAAAGACUACUAAGACUGGGUGGCCAAUCUUCUCAUACUUCACAGACUUCCAAAGUGACAGUUUUGAAGCAUUCCUCUUUUUGCCCCAUGUGACUUAACUUCCAUCCCAUAAUUUGUGAAUUAGAAGAGGCUGCAAGUCACAGCAGGGUGCACUCUGCAGGCUCUGCUGACAAGAGUGGUCUCCUGUCACCGUGCCCCUCCCGUCUCUUUACAACAUACUUUAUUUGAAGCUAGUCUGCUUUGUUUUUCUAGAUUUCUCCAAAUCUAGGGAGAGCAUCAUGACACUGGUCCCAGUUCUGUGGGAGGGCUUAGGUAGAACAGCUUCCUUUGCCAGGUAUGCUUUAGUGGUGGAUGGUACUGUACAAUUUCCAUUAUGGCCUGAGGCCAAACACUAAAGAACUUUAUGUUUUCCCUUACCUGCAUAGUUCUGCAGAUAACCACCUCAGUUUCUGUAAUUGCAUUGAGACUAAGGAUAAAGCUGUGUUUAGGCAUUUUUAUUUAAAGAAAAAUUGGUGUUCCAAACAUUGCAUCAUUGCUGCCUAGAUCCAACCAGAAACUUCUGGGGUCUCAUAUUAGUGCUUAUUUGAGCUAAUUAACAAUCUUUGAAACAGAUUUGACGGUACUCAAAAGUUAUUUUAAACCAUUUUAUAGACCAUGUUAUUCAAUAUAACCUUGUGUAGGGGUUAAUUUUGUUCCUCUUACAUGAUCCCUGCAAUCUGGAGCAGAAUUAGCCUCAAUUUUAAACAAAAAAAGGGGCUUUACACAGUUGCAUGCUCUCUUGGCCACCUUUAAGAAUGCAGAAACAAGGUUUCAGCUGAUCUUCAUGUCAGGGUUAUUCUGUUUGGUAUCUCAUAGGAACAUCUGUUCUACGUGUAUACAUUUUAUUUUUCUACUUGCAUAAAUCUUUGCUCUUGAGAACUUGGUCAGAAGUGGAGAACUUAGUGUUUACACCAAGAAAAUGAUUUUCCAGAAUUCUCGUGCCCU